AAGAUCGUGUAUAGGUCGUGAAGUAGAAACCUUUAUUUAGCGAAAAACAUAAUAGAUUAAAGUUGGCUACCACUAAAGUCGUGAACGAGAUCGAAAAGGAUCUGCCUUUGCCGGUAUUCAACUAGCAAUCAGUUAUGGUGUUGGGCCAACCAAGAGUGAUUUGGAUUUGUUUUGAUUGAUCAUAUGUUUUUUGUUUGUGCUUAUUUUGCAUUUUGCACUGCAGAAGAUGCACCAAAAGACUUGAUCAGGUUUGAGAGAAGGUUUCUCUCCCCGUUACGAGAGAGAGUGGGCAACGAGACGUGCAGCUUUCCGUUUGCAUCCAUUUAUCUUCGGUGCAUCGUUACAUGGCGCAAGCUAUGCAAUAAAAGUGCGUGGCGAGCCACGGUGCAAAGUCCUAAGCCACUGUCUGGAUGUAAACGUUAUCUGAUAAGGGAGGGUAUGUUUGGGUUAAGGGAACGAGACAGCAUACGCUUCAUUAGAGCCUGUUGAUUGCCCACGAACCUGUGGGGGGCCUGGUUCGCAUAAACCAGUCGCGCAAUUCUUUAGUUUACGGAAGCACGUCCACUGAAGUGGAUGCGUCGGUCGCUUGCGCACAUUUAUUCGUACGUCUACCCCACACGCAGGGUCAUUGGCAUAAGUCAACGCGAUCGUCACAGUUGCAUCGAGAAGUGUGCGUACGGGCGCUAAGCGUAUGUAAUUAUUCUUUGCGCACCGCGAGCUUCUUCUAGAAGUAAAUUAACACACGCGCUGCAAAAAAAAGAUGCCGGCAUCCACGGUGAACAAGGAUCUGCAGGCCGAACGGGAUAAGGGUAGCUUCGACAAGAAUGAGUUUACCCUCUGGUGGGUCGGUGGCAAGGAAAAGCUGAAGGAAAAGCAGGACCUAGAAACUUUCCUUGCUAAUGAUCCGGACUUCCACAACGAAACGCCGAUCCAUUUCCUGUCCCAUAAGGAGCUGUACGAGGAAACGAUACGACAAGCGACGUCCAUCUUCCGGAAAGUGCGCAAAUUCCACGAAGAUCGCGGAAAUGGCGACCCAUCCAAUUACAUGCAAAUCUUGGGCGGUCUACUGGGCAACGGAAUCAUUCGGCAGGGCAAUCCGCUGGGAAUCCAUUUCGCCAUGUUUGUGCCUGCUUUGCUUGGCCAUGGAUCACCGGAGCAGCAAGCCGAAUGGUUGCCUCGUGCCCUAAAGUGCCAGAUGCUGGGAACGUACGCACAAACCGAGCUCGGUCACGGAACGUUCCUGCGUGGGCUGGAAACGACGGCGACGUACGAUGAGCGCACGCAAGAAUUCGUGCUCGAAAGCCCAACGCUUAGCUCGUACAAAUGGUGGCCAGGAGGAUUGGCACACACGGUCAACUACUGCGUGGUGAUGGCUCAGCUAUUCUCCAAGGGGAAAUGUCACGGCAUUCAACCGUUCAUUGUACAGCUGCGCGACGAGGACACGCACAUGCCAAUGAAGGGUAUCGUGAUCGGCGAAAUCGGUAACAAGUUGGGCAUGAACGGGGUGAACAAUGGUUAUCUGGGAUUCGAAAAGGUGCGCAUUCCUCGUAAGAACAUGCUGAUGAAGAAUGCCAAGCUGCUGGCGGACGGUACGUUUGUGAAGCCACCGUCGCAAGCCCUCACCUACGGCACGAUGAUGUUCGUGCGAGUAAUCAUCGUGCGCGAUACCGCCUUACAUCUGGCAAAGGUGGCCACCAUCGCCGUGCGCUACUCGUGCGUCCGUCGCCAAAGUCACAUUAACCCGGACCAACCGGAAGUGCAAGUGAUAGACCACUUGACGCAGCAGUACAAGCUGUUCCCAUCGAUUGCGAGAAGCAUCGUUUUUAAACUAACGUCGGACAACCUGUGGGAGAUGUACAACCAGGUUACGUCGGAAUUGGAUCAGGGUAAUCUGGAGCGUCUGCCGGAACUGCACGCGAUUGCUUGCUGCCUGAAGGCGGUUACUACUGCCGAUGCAGCCAAGAGCGUAGAAACGCUGCGUAUGGCUUGCGGCGGUCAUGGAUAUAUGACGUGCGCCAAUUUCUUCAAUACGUACGGCUUUGUAACGGCGGCUUGUACGUACGAGGGUGAAAAUACGGUCCUCCUGCUACAGACUGCCAGAUAUUUGAUCAAGGUCUGGAACCAGGCGCUCAAGGGACAACCGCUCGGGCCGACGGUGCAAUAUUUGAAUAGCUUCAUCCAGAGUCGGAACAAUCGUCACCCGUGGAUGGAUACUGUUCCGGGCAUCAUAAAGGCAUUGCAAACCGUUGCAGCUGGCAAACUUCGACUUGCAAACGAACACAUUGAGCAGCGCAAAAAGGCGGGCUACACGCACGAGGAAGCGGUCAACCUUACCUCGCUCGAGCUGGCCAGCGUUGCCGAAGCUCACUGUCGGGCCUUUUUGGUGCAGUCCGGCUACGAGAUGAUCGAGAAGCUAAGCCAAAAGGUAUCACCAGCUCUGGCAAAGGUGAUGCGCACGAUCGGUGAGCUGUAUGCGUACAACGAAGCGCUCGAUUCGAUCGGUAGUCUUGUACGGUUUACAUCGAUCAGCGAGAGUGAUAUUAACCGACUGCAGGGAAAGCUGGAAGCGGCCCUUUUAGCCAUUCGACCCAACGCGGUCAGCCUGGUCGAUGGAUUCGCUAUACCGGACGUUUUGCUCGGGUCGCCGCUUGGAGCCUACGAUGGCAACGUGUACGAGCGGCUCUAUGAAGAGGCUCAGAAAAGUCCACUCAAUAAGGAACCGGUUAACAAAUCAUUCCAUCUUUAUCUGAAACCAUUCAUGCGUUCCAGCUUGUAAGGAGCAUAAGAACACUCUACUUACGAACCUGAGGGUGUCGUUCGGUGCUAUGAGUUAUUGUUUUACAUUGGGGUUAUGGGAAUUGUUAUUCAGUUUGGUACAAUAAAAAUGUUUAUUUAAAAUUGUAAA